UUUGCCUUAGUUUAGGGAAGGUGGAGGCGCGCCCCCCGAGAGUCGUGGAGGCGGGGUCUGGGCGUGAGUCGGGGGCGCAGAUAAGGGUGACUGAUAGGGUUGGUGGGGCUUCGAGACUGAAAUCGAGAUCCCGGACUGAAGGCGAAGUUGUUGGGGCAAGAUCUUCAAGUGGAGGGAGUUUGAAGCUGGGACAUGGGGUGUUUGGAGAAGCGAGAGGACCGAGGAAGGAACUUUUGGGGCAGGAAAUCUGGAGAUUAGGACAAUUCGAGUCUCCCGGACGGGUUGAAUUCGGGGCUCUAGUGUUCUGGAAAAGGGGUGAGGGGUUGGAGCUGGGAUCCUGAGCAUUUGGAAAAACGGAGAUAACUACGGGCAAGGAAUCUUGGUAAGGGAGACGCAGUGGCGGUGAGGAGGUGCUGGUGAGAGUCCCAUAUUCAGGUCUUGGAGUCAGAGGGAGAGUUUGGAGGUGAAGUCGAAAGGCAUUUGAAAGACGGGAGAAAAGGGGAAAGUUGACGGGUGAAGGUAUCAGAAUUAGUCUCCCAAACGGAAUAAAUCAGAGAGCAUUUGUAGUUUUUGAGCGAUGUGUUGGAGCCUGGGUUUCUGGACCCGAGAGCAGUUUGGGGAAAGAAUCUAGGACCUCCUUGAGGUGCGAAACCCGAGAGAAAGCAGUUUUAGGGCCGGAGUCUGGGGUGGGGGAGGGGCGUUCCGGGCUUGGAGCUCAGACCCGCAGCCCUAGAGGCAGCAGAGGGCGGGGCUCGGCAGGCGCCGGGCAGCUGGACGUCCGGGUUCCCUUCCCCCACCCGCCCCGGGCGCUUGUGCGCAUGCCUUAAGGGAGGGCGGGGGAGGUUCGUCCCAAAGGCGUGCGGCACCCUCUGGGUAUUGUAGUGCAAGCUCAACGUUACCGCACGUGCCAGGCGGCUAUUGGCCCACAUUUCCCAGAAGCCCCUGGGCCAAAUUGUUGCCUGCCUGGACGUUGAAUAGAGAUCCAGGGAGGAGGCGGAGUCGGGCGUUGAGUCAAGUUUUAGCAAGUUUCUUGUGGGGCGCGCUUUGGGGGAAGUCGAAGGCGCGGGCUAAGAGAAUGAGGGAGGCUCCUUCCCUGCUCUUGGGAGAGCUCCCAGUCGGUUAGGAAGAGGGCAGGGUCAGAAAUAUACUCCCUGUAAAAGAAGAGUUUCGACAAAUAGGUGUCCUAACAGGGCUUCGGUGGCUCCAGUACAACAGGCAACAAUAGAUAAAUAUUGAAUGAAUAAAUGGCAAUUAAAUUCUUCUUCGUUAAGCGUUAACUGUAGAUGGGUACCGUGUAUAUUACACAUCGGAUCUCCUUGAGAAUACGGGCAUCAUGGUAGGAGGCUUGAAGAGAAAACACUCAGAUUUGGAGGAGGAAGAGGAGGAUGAGAAGUGGGACUGGGGUCCAGCAGGCCUGCGGAGCUACCAGCAAGCCCUGCUUCAAAUCUCCUUAGACAAAGUCCAGCGGAGUCUGGGCCCCCGAGCACCCAGCCUACGCAGGCAUGUCCUCAUCCACAAUACCCUCCAGCAGCUCCAGGCCGCCCUUUGCCUGGCUCCAGCACCUGCCCUACCCCCUGAGCCCCUCUUCCCGGGCGAGGAGGACUUCUCCCUGUCCGCCACCAUCGGCUCUAUUCUCAGGGAACUGGAGACCUCCAUGGACGACACGGAGUCCCCUCAGAAUCCAAUAGCUCCCCCGGGCCCCCAGAACGAAGUGCUGCCCCAGCCUGAUCCAGUCUUCUUGGAAGCUCUGAGCUCCCGGUAUCUGGGGGACUCUGGUCUGGAUGACUUCUUUCUGGACAUUGACACAUCUGCAGUAGAGAAGGAGCCUGCACUGGCCCCACCGGAGCCUCCUCACAACCUCUUCUGUGCCCCAGGGUCCUGGGAGUGUAAUGAACUUGAUCACAUUAUGGAAAUCAUUCUGGGAUCCUAAAACUUCCAGGGGCUGUUUCUCAUCUCUGCCUCAGUGGGCAGGAUCCCUGGAUGCAACUGUGUGUGUGUGUGUGUGUGUGUGUGUGUGUGUGUGUGUGUGUGUGUGUUGCGGGGGCUCUAAGCAGUGACUGUGGCCUCCUUUCCUCCCAUUUCAGGGUUCCACAAACCGUCUUGCAUGUGUGUGUGUGUCUGGUUGCCGCAGCCUUCUGUGAAGGUGGGUCUUCCUGAAUUAAUUUAUCUGUUCCAAAUGCCUUAACGUGACUCUGUUUCUGGGAGUCUGAUUUCCCACUUCCCACAUUUCUUCUGCCUUUUCCUCCAGUUCCUACUCCCCUGGUGACCACUGGGGCCUCAGGGAAGAUAAAGCUGGGCCUGUGUGUUGAUGACUGGGAUGUGCUGCCUGGUUGCUAUGGGAACUCAGACUUUGUCACUUGCACCUGGAGGGAGCAGGAGGGGCGGACCUCCUCCCUCAAGGCUGAUCCCCACCUCAUUGGCAAGACCCCAGUCCCAGCAGUCUCCUGAUGCAUAACCAGGCCGGACCACGUGCAAUAGGGUGGAAACCAAACCGCUCCAUGCCACAUUAUUUAAAAGAAAGGCGGGUUUUGUGGUGGGUUUUGUUUUGUUUUGUUUUGUUUUUGAUUGUUUGUAAUGACUUUUUUUUUUUUUAAUAAAAGUAUUUUGGAAAGGGU